AUGCUAAGGGUUAAUGAAGUUCGGAAAGCCCUGGGCGAGGAGAAUGUGGAACUUCCUACACAUAUUCCAGAUGAGGUACCGGUUAGGAACGAUGAAGAAUUAAGUGAAGAUGAAAACAUUGAAGAUGAGUUGAGUCGAGAAGAACAGCUUGCGCGUCGAGAAGCACAGGUUGCGGAUCGAGAAGCACAGGUUGCGGAUCGAGAAGCACAGGUUGCGGAUCGAGAAGCACAGCUUGCGGGUAGAGGAGAACAGGCUCUGGUGGGUCGAGAAGCACAGGUUGAGGAUCGAGAAGCACAGCUCAAUUAG